UUGAUCAACGAAGUGCCUCCAGUCAAAUUUGAAGGUCGGAUUGUUGCUUGUGAAGGAGAUAAAAUCUCUGCUUCAAAUGCAGAUAGUAAUCCUGCCCUUGGCCAUCCAAUAGAGUUUAUUUGCCUUGACCUGGAAGCACCAGCGGUCUGCAAACACUGUGGCUUUCGUUAUGUUCAAGAUCAUCAUCACUAAGAUGACAGAAUGCAGCUGAAUCUUAACUGAUGAUUUGCUUGAUGCAUCAUAAGAAAAUUUAUGCGUGUUCUCAGCUUUUCAAAGCGUAACUAGCUUAUUUGGACUUUGUAUUGUUGAAGUAUUUUGUUGUCACUGGAGGCAUAAUAAUUAUGAAUAUAUUCCACCAUAAUAGAUUCCUGUCAA